AUGUCAUUCCAAUUCCAAGCAGACUCGGGAUACCAACGACCCAGUCCUAGUCUUGAGCCGCGCCUAGAAGACCACGGCAAAGUGAUUGUCGAUGAAUACUCCGUGAUCCGAGAAAAAUACGAUGCGCCCAAAUACCCCGUUGUUCUCGCACAUGGCCUGCUGGGGUUUGAUGAAUUGCGACUUGCUGGGAGAUAUCUCCCCGGUGUCCAAUACUGGCGCGGAAUAAAAGAAGCCCUGACAGCGCGCGGGAUUGAAGUCAUUACUGCUACCGUGCCCCCAUCGGGGUCUAUUGAGGCUCGAGCUGAAGAAUUGGCUCGAGACAUUGAAGUCGCCGAAAGACUACCUCAGAUCUACUACGCCCUCAACCGGCUAAAGGUCGAAACAGGGGCAUUUGAACAACUGACUAGAAAAUACAUGACCGAGACCUUCAACCCGAAAGUUCCAGAUGUGGAUGACGUUAGGUAUUUCUCCUAUGGCGCAGCAUUUGAACCAAGUAUCUGGUCCGCCUUUCGACUGUCGCAUCGAAUCCUCUCCAAUAUAGAAGGGCCCAACGACGGUCUAGUCAGCGUUUCCAGUAGCCGCUGGGGAGGUGAAACAGGAUACAAGGGAACUCUAACGGGCGUGAGCCACCUGGAUCUAAUCAACUGGACGAACCGCCUCAAGUGGCUGGCCGGGGAGGUGACAGGCAACCGACGAAAAUUUAACGCCAUUGCAUUCUACUUGGAUAUUGCAGACAUGUUGGCCAAGGAAGGACUCUGA